AUGGGCGCAGACGGGCGGGACAUUGGUAUCGGCGAUGUAGUCGACGUUCCGGGCGGGAUGCACGGCACCGUCAAGUUUAUUGGCGCCGUGUCCAACAAGAAGGGCUCGGGUAUAUUCCUGCCUGUGCAUCGUGCGCAAAAACGCUCUUCAGCGACUUCGGACGACUUCCCGCCAACGCCUACCACGCCAUCUCACGGCAACAACUUCAGUCUUUCCACCACCACGAAGCCGUACUUUAGCCCAGAGACCCCGUCGCUGCCCAAGUUUUCGCAGUCGGUCGGCCCUGGAGCUCGAGCGCCUAGUCCGCAGUUCAAGCCAAAGAGCCGGCCGUCUCUGCCGCGCCCGGAAUCGCCAAUCCGCAGAGCACCGAACCUGACGGCAACACCGGCGCGCAAUGGAGGCCUCACACCGUCCGGGUUCUCGAGAAGUGCCAUUGGCGCACCCCCACGAUUCGCCAGCCCUGCGCCUCCGAGGGCUGCACCAGGCCUGCAGAAGCCGCGGACACCAGGGCCACCGCGUCCAUAUUCAAGGAGCAAUUCGCGCAUCGGUCAGCACGACACCAUCGAGGAAGAUGCUGAAGUGACGCCUACAGGCGCAUCACGUACGAGCAACGAUUCCAUGUCAAGCUACCAUGGCCGGCGGCCAACCUCCCGCAUGGGCGCAACUCAGAAUCAAACCGACGAAGUACAGCGGCUUACGAGGCUGCUUGAGGAACGCGACAGGCAACUCAAGGACCAGGCCAACUCUCUCGGCGAGAUGGAGGCAAGCUUGUCGGAGAUUCAGAAUCUCAUGCCGGAUGAUAAUAUGGACAUGGGCUCGGUGCACAGCGGUGAGCCCAAUGAUGUCGCGCAACUACGAGCACUUCUCCGCGAGAAGAAUGAUAAGAUCGCCAUGCUCACAUCCGAGUUCGACGCGCAUCGGGCAGACUUCAGGAACACCAUCGACACGCUCGAGCAAGCAAGCACGGCGACAGAGCAAGUAUAUGAGAAGAAGGUCGAACAGCUACAGGACGAGCUGCACGAAUACCGGUCACGAAGUGACGACGUUGAGACUGUUGCCAUACAGCUGAAGCAACUAGAAGAACUUGUGCAAGAGCUUGAAGAAGGUCUUGAGGAUGCGCGACGAGGCGAAGCAGAAGCUCGCGGAGAGGUCGAAUUCCUCAGAGGCGAGGUGGAGCGUGGUCGAUCUGAACUCCGCCGCGAGCGCGAGAAAGCGGCAGCAGCCCUGAAAGAUGCAAGUGCGAUGGCAGAUGCACCACAUACUCCAGGACAGAGGGAGGUUGAACAGCGCGAUGACGAGAUCCGAGGGCUCAAGGCCAUCAUCCAUUCCUUGAGCUCUGGCGCCGCAGAGGAACACGGACGUUCGCCGCUUUCACGACAGGGCUCUUCGACCAGCCCGGAGGAGCUGAAGACAGCACAGGCCAACGCUGAGCGUUUGGAGCGCGAAAAGGAGGAGUUGCGCGGCCUUGUCGAGAGGAAGACAUUCAGAGAAGAGGAAAUGGAACGUGAACUGGAGAAGCUGAGAGCCCAGCUCGGUCUUGCUGACCAGCGCGAGAGUGUCAUCAGCAAUGGUCUCUCUGAUCAUACUGCAACACAAGACAAGCGUGCAUCCGAGCGAGACUCAAAGGGAACGGUGGUGAGCUGGAAGGACGCGUCGCAACGUCGCGAACCUGCACCGGCCAUGGAAAGCAUGCCAGAAACAGACGGUCGCUCUUCAGCCAACAGUAGCGUGCUCUGGUGCGAGAUCUGCGAGACCGGCGGACAUGACAUUCUCAAUUGCUCUGCCAUGGGUGGCGACGUUACACCCAGAGAGAACGGAGUCCGCAACGGCCAGGAUGUCGUAAUUGAAGGCCUACGAGGCCUCUCCGUCUCCUCAGACCGAGCUCGACCAUCCGUGUUGAGCCCAACCAAGCCACCUGGUAGCGCUCCCACCGCGCCUCUACCAAUUCCCUCCAUGGACAACUUCAACUCCUCGCUCGUACCUCCCAAGGGCGCUGCAGUAGCUGAUCCAGACAAGUGGUGUGCUCUUUGCGAGAGCGAGGGUCAUGAUGUAACGGCAUGUCCUAACGAAGAUGCUUUUUAG